CAUCUCCAUUUGCAAAACCUCCUUCUACAAUCCCCCGAAGGUUUGAUACUUACGUGUCCUAUCCUGCGUCUUAAUUAACUUUUUGAGAUUGUACUUGGUGGCAUGUUAUCUUUAUCACGGAUAAUACGCCAACACGGCGUCAUUGGAAACCUACUCGCAAAGCCUUCACUUGCUCGCUGCCGUACCUCUUUUCGUGAACCUAGCCGGCCGUGGCUGACGCUUGCUCUUCCAUUCUCUUCUUGUCCCCCGAUUAUUGGUAUUCUGAAAGAACGUCGGCGCAAAUGCAAAGCUGAGUAUAGAGAUAUAGUGGAUCUGCACAAUGAAUUGUGGACCGAAGUGAUUGCGACGGAUGAGCUGAUCGGUUUAGUGACUGAAAAGUACAUGUGGGAGGUAAGCCAUCCAUCUUGGGCAUCCCAGAGGGCAAGGACGACCGUUUCGAAGACCAUGAACGCAACCGAUACUAUACCAGUCGCUUCAGCAAAAACUGUUCCAGUUAUAAGGAAAAAAUUCAAGUUCAGAUACUAUGAAGAUGCCUAUGUUUUUAUGACCCGACUGGGCGUCUACGCCUCGAGGCUGCGGCAUCACCCGCGCAUCAAUAGCUUUUAUAACUCUGUCACUGUUCAGCUGUCAUCGUACAAUGAAGCUUCCGGUAACCGAUUUGUCUCCGUUGGCGAUAUCUUAAUGGCGCUCGCAUCUGAGGAUAUUGCGACAGGAAUCGAGUUGUCUUAUUAUUUGAGACCGGAGGAGACGGACGAAAAUCUGACCCAGGAUCUUGAUUACGAACAAUAUGGAUUAAGCAGAAAAGUGGAGAUCAGUAUUCGCAGCACGUGAGCUUAAUUGAUUUUG